UUCGAAUGCAUACGGAAACCAAAAAUCAAGGGUGAAAGUGCAGUAAUGUCGAACUCCGGCGAUUUUAUAAACUUGUUUACCAGUAUUGGACUGAGUGAACAGAAGGCGAAGGAAACCCUGAAGAACGAGUCAUUAGCGAAUGACUUGAAACAAGUAAUAAACGAGGCCAAAAGGCACAAUGGAGGCGGUACGAUUGACAAAGCGUGUGGUGCAUUGCUGUAUCACAUUGCGACACGGAUGAAGAAUAAAAAUCGUCUGGGGUUUCUCCUGGAAUACGUUAUCAACAAGGGACUGAGUUCCGAACCUCAACUGACAGCUGCACUUGAUUACUUCAAGUCGCAUCCGACGGAUCCCAUUGACGUGAAGGCGUUUGAGUCGGCAUGUGGCAUUGGUGUUGAGAUCACCCCAGAGCAGGUUGAAGAAGCCGUGGAAGUUGUGAUCAAAAAGCACAGUGCAGGAUUGCUGGAGAAGAGAUAUCACUACAACAUGGGCAGCAUCAUGGGGGAAGUUCGUCAGAGCCUGAAGUGGGCGGAUGGGAAGGCCAUUAAGAGUGAAGUAGACAUGCAGGUCCUGGAUUUACUGGGUCCUAAGACGGACGCUGACAGGGAGAAACCAACAAAGGCAAAGGAGUCGAAGGGAAAAGGCAAGACAAAGGAGGAACAGAAGAAAUCGGAGCCUGAGAAGGAGUUGGAAUCCCCCGCUGAGGGCGGGGCUGAAAACAUCAACCAGCUCAUGGGGGAGGCGGUGAAAUUCCACAAACCAGGGGAGAACUACAAAACUGAUGGUUACGUCGUCACGCCUAAAACCAUGGAGAUACUGAAGCAACAUCUGGAGCUCACCGGUGGUCAGGUACGAUCACGUUUCCCUCCCGAACCCAAUGGCAUUCUACACAUUGGUCAUGCUAAGGCCAUCAACUUUAACUUUGGCUAUGCAAGGGCCCACGGCGGUAUCACCUUCUUGCGCUACGAUGACACCAACCCUGAGAAGGAAGAGGAGAAGUUCUUCACGGCGAUCCUGGACAUGGUGCGGUGGCUGGGCUACGAGCCUUACCAGGUCACCCACGCGUCUGAUUACUUCCAGGAACUCUACGACUUAGCGGUGGACCUUAUACGCAGGGACUUGGCCUACAUAUGUCACAUGCGACCUGAGGAGAUCAAAGGUUACAACAACCCAGACUCGCCGUGGAGGGACCGACCCAUCGAGGAAUCUCUCAAGCUGUUUGAUGACAUGAGACGGGGUAAGAUAGCCGAAGGCGAUGCCGUCCUUCGCAUGAAACACACCCUGGCAGAGGGGAAGAAAGACCCGGUGGCUUAUCGGAUCAAGUUUACCCCUCAUCACAGGUCCAAGGAUAAAUGGUGUAUCUAUCCAACCUAUGACUACACUCACUGCCUGUGUGACUCACUGGAACAUAUCACACACUCCCUGUGCACUAAGGAAUUCCAAUCCAGGCGCCAGUCAUAUUACUGGCUGUGCAAUGCACUGGAUCAAUAUUGCCCUGUGCAGUGGGAGUAUGGACGACUUAACAUGAACUACACUGUGGUAUCGAAGCGGAAGAUCGGGAAACUCAUUGAACACGGUAUCGUCAGAGACUGGGAUGACCCCAGACUGUACACCCUGACUGCGCUGCGACGGAGAGGUUUCCCAGCUGAAGCUAUCAAUAACUUCUGCGCCAAGAUUGGAGUGACGAUGUCACGGGUGACCUUUGACCCUUCUCUGCUGGACUCCUGCGUCAGGGAUUACCUCAACAACACGGCCCCCAGGGCGAUGGCUGUGCUGGAACCCCUCAAGGUCACUAUCCUGCCCGAACGAAAGCUUGAGGAGCUGAGCGUUCCUGUGAUUCCUCAUGACAGCAGCAAGGGAACACGCAAGAUGCCCUUCACGUCCGUCAUCUACAUUGAGCAGAGUGACUUCAGUGAGAAUCCUGAGAAGGGAUAUCGGCGGUUAACCCCAUCCCAGCCGGUAGGCCUGAAGUACGCGGCUCAAGUCCUGACAGUGCAGUCCAUAGUCAAAGACGAAUCCGGUCAGGUGAAGGAGCUGAAGGUGACAGCCCAGUCCGUGGAUACUACCUCCAAACCCAAGGGUUUUAUUCACUGGGUGUCGGAACCUGUGGAAUGCGAAGUCAGAAUCUAUGGCAGACUGUUCAAACACAAAAACCCAGAGGACCCAUCUGAAGUGCCUGGAGGUUUUGUGACCGAUUGUAAUCAGGAUUCUCUGAGAGUGAUACCCAACGCCCUCGUGGAUCAAUCGGUCAAGGGAGCCAAAGUCUACGACAAGUUUCAGUUUGAGAGAAACGGUUACUUCUCAAUUGAUCCUGACUCAACACCAGAAAAGAUUGUUUUCAACCGAACUGUUGCCCUCAAGGAAGAUGUGGGCAAGAACUGAAGAUCAUCUCCAGUAAACUAGACGAUGUUCUCACUACUUGUCCAAUAUAGAACCAAGAAUUCUUUUAAGUGACAUUUUGUCACAAUAUAUAUUAUAUACCUUUGAACCACUUGUCUUAUUUGACAUAAGUUUUUGGCACAACAUAACAAAUUUAUCAGCCAAUAUGCCGUCUGAUACAUUGCUUGGAGAAAAAAGGUCUCAACAAAUAUUUGCUUUGCAAAUAAAAUUGCCUCAAAAGAAAAGCAAUGUUUCAGUGCUAGACAUAAAAUUAGAGUCACAAACAAAGGGUGUCAUUGACCUAAACCAUGAAUUGUGACUAAUUAGAAAUUAGAAGGGAAAAAUGCGUUUAAAUUAAUAGACAAUUUUAAUAGAUGUAGCAGUUAGGAAAGGUUGCAUUUAGUGGUGAAUGAAAUGGAACUAUGCAAUUGUAUUUCUCAGAGAGAAACAUCUCCAAUCAUGCGCCUGAAAAUCUUUAUUUCUUUUGGGGAAACAAAAUCCAAAUUUCUUUUGAAAAAAAAACUUUCUUGCCUUUGAUUUUGUCUAUAAAUUGUAAUUGUGCACUAUUUCUUUGGUAAAAUUUGUUUUACCAUUAAAGUGGCUUGCACCCAAAUUACAAUUUUUUUGGGGGGGGUGCCAUUUAAAGUUUCAGCUUACUGCAGUAAUGGGUAUGAAAUGUGGAGUGCCGUGGCCUCGUGGUCGGAAGAAUUGAAUUUGUGGUCUGCAGGUAAUUCUGCAGGUUGUGGGUUUGAGUUCAGCCUGGGGUUGUGGUGCGUGUGCCCUUGGGCAAAACACUUUGUCACUCAUUGCUUCUCCCCACCCAGGAGUAAAUGGGUACCUGUGAGUGCAGAGAUGGUUAAAAAUUGUGGUUGGUUUUAACUGCUUUGCGCCGAAAUGGCAGCAUUGAGGUGUAUACUCCCCAGGGAGCUGAGAUGGUAUUUGGAAUGUUUCAUUGUCCCACUGAGUAGGGUAAUGACUAUGUAGCGCCUUGAGCACCAAUACUGGUGGAUAUGUGCGCUUUAUAAAUACACAUUAUUAUUUCCUUCAUGUGUUGCUUUGGUCAUAUUCGAACUCCUACAAUUUCGUUUUUUUUUCCGUUUCGAUCUUAUCUUUUUCUCUGUGUCACUUAACAUUUUUUUUGUCAUCUUUAUUUCUGUCAAAAAAUACAAAGUAAUUUUUUUUGGACAUGUAUUAUUCACUCACUAUUACAAUAAAGCUUUUGCUGGCAUUUGUACUAUC